AUGCAAAAUCUCAAUUCUACUCAAACGAUUACUUUAAUGGAGAAAAUGCUUCCUUUUUAUCUGGAAACCGAUGGAGUCUGCAAAAUGGCAACAUGCUUCGGCUACAACUCAAAACUGCACGAUUUUCAGCUCGAGGAAUGUUUCGGGCGGUAUAAGCAAUCAUUGAGAUCGAUUAUAUUCAUCAAUGUUUUCAGAUGGUAUGAAGAACUCAAUGCGUCAAGUGAUGUUACACCCCACCCGUUAAUAUCAUCUGCAUUUUUCUUCCGACAGCUACAUCGCAAGCCGACCCUACUUCAAGAUUUGUAUACAUUUCGUGGAAAGUUAUCAGAAGAAGUGUUUUCUCUCACCAAAAGAGUGAUAUCGUCGUAUAAUUCGAACAAUUACUAUCGUUUCUUCAAAUUGUUCAAAGAUCUCGAUCCAUUGCUCCAAUACUCACUCUCUGAUAGCGUUUCUUACAUUCGGCAAUCAGCAAUGCGAAUCAUAUAUACGGCUUUCAAAACACCAGUUUCAAAGCUUCCCUCUCAUCUGAUAUCAGAUUGGCUUGGAUUUCCAACUGAUACCAUAUUUUUUGUUGACUUUCUUCAAUUGUACAAUGUGAUUCCUGAUAAUCAGGGCAAUGUCCAUAUCUCUGCGAUUAAGUUAAUCGAAAUACUAGAAAAUGACCAAAUAUCAAGACAGUUUUAA